UCUGAAUUAACUGCUGUCUCGAGUGGAUUAACCAGAAAAUGCUGAUCAUAUUUUGUGUAGCUUUCAUCUUCACAUUUGGGAGUAAGUAUGUGUACAUAAUUCAGUUUCACUUCUGUUAUGUUUCACUUAUUGUCACUUUUUUAUGGUAACUUUGUUGUUAAUGUAUCAUACGCAAUUUCUUUUUCAGAAUGCACAGACAACCAAAGCUUUGUGACGCAGACUGUUUGUGUUGGAGAAGAUGUGAUUCUAACAUGUAGCCGCCAAUCUGAAUUGGCAGGAUACUUAUUUUGGAUCCGACUUGUUGCUGGAAACUUCCCUGAAAUCUUAGCAGCCACUUAUACUUUUGAUGAAGGCAAUGUUAAUAAGACUCCACGCAUAAUCGCAAAAAAAGAGCCUGGAACAUUUGUUCUACAUAUUACCAAAACAGAGCUGAGUGAUUCUGCAUUUUACUACUGUCAACAAGUGGUUGAACUACAGUCAACAUUUCUGAAUAAAACCUUCCUGAGAGUCAAAGGACCAGAACCUGAUAUCACUGCCGUCACUCAAGACUUUCAGUCUGAUCUGGUCCGUCCAGGAGACUCAGUGACUCUGCAGUGUUCAGUCCUCUCUGACUCUGAGAACAAAUGUCCAGGAGAACACAGUGUGUUCUGGUUCAGAGCCGGAUCACAUGAAUCUCAUCCCAGUUUAAUUUACGCUCAUGGAAACGGCGGUGAAUGUGAGAACAGUACCGAGGCUCGUUCUCAACAGAAGUGUGUCUACAGCUUCUCUAAGAACGUCAGCUCCUCCGAUGCCGGGACUUAUUACUGUGCUGUGGCCACGUGUGGGGAGAUAUUUUUUGGAAAUGGAACAAAACUGGACCUUGAAGCCUCCAACAUGUCGCUUGGUGAUUGUCAGAGGGCAAAUACAACUCUGUGUCUGUUGUGUGUAGCUUUGGCUCUAAGUUUGAUUGUUAUAGCCUCACUGAUAUACACCAUCAAGAAAAAACAGAGCUUUCAUGGUUGUGAUGCCCUGCAAACACUUGCUGCAACAACCACUGGUGAUCAACAAAUUGAGCAGAUAGAUGAAGACUCGUUGGUUUAUGCUGUACCAAACUUCACCAGAGGGAAAGCUGGCAGGAGUGCAAGGAGAGGAGCAAAUUCAGUCGAGGGAGAGACCAUCUACAGUGCUGUCAUCUACACUGCUGUGGCAGAUGUUUAGCAGCAUGAUAUGUUACAUUAAAUGGCAAAUUUUUACUUCUGUAAUUUGUUUAUCUUUACCCAAGGUCAGUGUAAUGUGUGUUUGCUACUCUACCUGUCUCUUUUGUGUGUAGUAAAAAUGUUAAGCUCUAUGGGGAAGAUUUAUGUUCAAGCUUUCUGUCACAAAAGGCAAUAUGAUAACAUUUGGACAAAUAACUAACAAAUAGGAUGAAAGAACCAAGGUAUGUAAAGUAAAAUGUUUGAGUAAUAGAUUGCAUGUAGUUAAAGCAAUGUGAAACCAACACAUAACAGACCACUAAGUGCUGAUAAACUAACAUUACAGUAUAGUACAAUAAUGUAGUAAUCUAUAGUUUAUAGAAUGAAUGUAUAGCAUGGAAUUUGUACACAAAAGUGAGUGCUAGGGUGACUUCUUUUAAAUUUAUUUCAUUUAUUUCUUUUGCACUGUUAAGCAAGGGAAAUAUACUACUGUAGUUUACAACUUAGGGCUGAGUUAUAUCAACUCAUGGGCUGCUCACGAAAUGAAACUGAUUUUGAUAACAGACUGUUACUAGUCUGAAAGCAUGUAUCAUAUUUUCUUAAAUCCUAAUCUUAUGUUUAAAAACAAAAAAUAAAGUUUUUUUUUAAAGUCAACCGGAAUAGUCUAAUAUUUUUUUAAAGUUUCUUAAAACUCUUGAAAUUAAGUUAUGGCGUCAAUAGCAUGAAUCUCCUUAAAAUGUACUUGAAUAUUUAU